CGCUCUUGUUUUGGGGUCCUUGCUCGCAGCGCUUCCUGCUCCACGUAUUGAGCAGAUCACCAAUAUCAUCCUCUCUGACAGAUAAUGACAUUUAACCGUGUUUAUCCAAACUUCACCUCUAAUUCAUGCUCCCCUGUUAAACCCCGGCGGUAGCCAGCUGACAGGAGACAUUGAGGACAUUUAGGACGUCUUUUAAACGGAUACAAAAUGUCUUGGUUUACUGACUUCGCUGGGAAAGCUGAAGACUUCCUGAAUAAAGUGGACCAGGGAGCUGCCACUGCUCUGACCAAUAACCAGGAGAGAACAUCCUCCUUUUCGUCAUCCUAUGAAGAAGAAUCAGUUGUCAAACCUGAAUACAACAUUGCAGGUUACCAGACCCGCCCAGCUGUGACACAUCAUUCCUAUGCAUCCUCUGAAGAUGCACCGAGCUUCGUCUCUGCAGCAGCCGGGAACAUUAAGAGAUCCAGUUCUACCCUGCUGGUUGGCACCGCCAACGUGGCCAGUAUCCCCUCUGGUUCUGGCAGCAGUCCCCCCAACUCUGCCAAGACCUCAUCUGGCUUUGUGAGGCGCAAAAAGAGCGAGCAGGAUGUGGACGAUGACAUGCUCUUUGACUUUCUGAACAGCUCGGACCCUCCAGUCAACAACAGGAUGGAUUCAAGAAGGGAACAUGUGAAAGUGUCAGUUCCGGUCACUGAGGCCCAAAACCCAUCACCUCCUCCUUCCACCACGCCUCAUACCAUCCCCUCGGCCCCGUCGACGCCACCCUCAACCCGAGGUGUAUCCAGGGCCUCAAGCAUGAGCUCACUGUCGGCUCACAGCAUGAAAACAUCAGAGGAGAGCUCUGCUAGAGAACAAAGCCAUGACACACCUGACAGUUCAGACUCCGGCUUGGCUGUCCCUCAAGAGUCCAGCAGGCAGGAGCUUCCUCCUCUUCCUCCUCUUCCUCCUCCUGCUCCCACAGAGGAGCCACAGAGCCACAUCAUGUCCAGUCUGCGUCUGGAGAACCAGCUGCUGCGCAGUGAAGUGGGCUCCCUCAACCAGGAGAUGGCUUCGGUCAUCCAGAGGGCAAAAGACUUACAAGACGAGUUGAACCAGGCUCGUCUACGCGCAGACAGAUGGAACUCGGAGCAGUCUCAGACUGACCGGAUGUUACGGGAACUUCGGUCAAAGGUUGACGACCUAACAGAAACCCUCUCUGCCAAAGACGGUCAACUUGCAGUCCUAAAAAUCCGACUUGAUGAAGCUGAUCAGAUGCUGAAGUCCCGCUGUGCUGCAUUAGAGGAGGCACAGAAGGAACAGUCAAGAAUUAUGCAAGACCACACAGAAGGGAGCAGCAUGCAGUCCCAAGCUCUUGAAUCGAUACAGGAUAGGCUGCGAGAGGCUGACCUCGCCGUCAGGAGGGAACAGGACAGCUACCGGCAGAUGCAGAGUGAGUAUGCUGGCCGCCUGUCCAAAGUGGAGGCUGAGAGGCAAACCCUCGCAGAGGCGGUGACGGCAGCAGAGCGGCGAGCUGCAGAGGAGAAGCUCAGGGUCGACGACCUCCAACCGCAACUGAAAAGUGCCAAAGCUGCAGCCGAGACUGUCAGACAGGAGUUACAAGACUACAAGCACAAAGCUUCACGCAUCCUGCAAUCCAAAGAGAAGUUGAUCAGCAGUCUGAAGGAGGGAUCUGGUCUGGACACCCUGGACGGCAGCGGGGCCGUGGCUAUGGAGCUGGAGGACCUACGUCACGAGAAGGAGCUACAGAGGGAGGACAUACAAAAACUACAGGGGCAAGUUCACACACUUCGGAUAGAAAUACAGGAUUUGGAGAAUCAGGCCCUGACGGAGGCAGAGACGUGGCGGGAGCAGCAGCUGCAGUUAGAGGAGCAGCAGGCCUUACAGAACAGAGCUAAGCAGGAGGUGGAGGCCGAGGUUGAGCGCUACAAACAGGAGCUGCAGUACCUAGAGGAAGAGCAGCAUCGAGCCAAAACCAGUCUGCAGAGCAGAAUCAAGGACAGAGAAGAUGAAAUCCAAAAACUCAGGAACCAGUUGACCAACAAGACUCUCAGCAGCAGCAGCCAAACGGAGCUGGAGAAUCGUCUCCACCAGCUGACAGAGACGCUGAUCCAGAAGCAGACGAUGCUGGAGGCUCUGGGGACAGAAAAAAGCUCGCUGGUCUUUCAGCUUGAGCGUCUGGAACAGCAGCUGAAGAACACUCAGGGAGGACAGAGUGGAGGGCCGGCCAUCAACAUGAGCGGUCUGGAGGGACCAGUGGCACGACAAAGAAACACACCCGUCCUUUUCAGUGAUCAUGACAGUCCAGGAGUGUAUGGCAGAGUACGCAAGGCAGCCAGCACCAUUGACCGUUUCAGCAUCAGACUGGGUAUCUUCUUGAGGCGCUACCCUAUGGCCAGAGUCUUUGUUAUCUUGUACAUAGCGAUACUGCACCUGUGGGUCAUGAUUGUUCUCCUGACUUACACACCAGAAAUGCACCACGGUCAUCCUGAUGGAAGAUAGAAGGCUUGAAUUUUAGAGUUGGGUGUUUAAAGGAUAUUUGUUUUAUGGCCUUCAAUGUAAGGAUGGUACACGCUGCUGGAAUAUGGGCUCUGGGCUCUGGGCUCUGGGUCCUGACUCUCCCUGUUUUGCACAGAAAUGCUAUGAAUUAAAGACAUUUCCUCUGAUUUAUUCUUUAUUUUUUACAACUGAAGAUUGAUAGCUGACAGCUGCAGCAGAGUUUUAAAAUAAUCACAGAGUGAUAUAUUGUAUUGGUGGUCUGCUGAAAGGACGUUAAAUCAAACAUGAUCUCACAUCUGUUCUUCUCAUCAUCUGCUUUCAGACCUCUGGUCUCUUGAGAGAUUGUAUUUAACACUAUGUAAAAAAGAAUCUUUUAAUAAACGAGUUAGAAGAAACAA